UCCUGGCCAGGAAUGCGCGGCGUGUGGAGGAAUGUGAUACUGGCAGCCAUCGGCUAGAAGGUGCGAUCAAUUUUCCCAGGAGGUUUUUUUUUUCUAGAGCGAAAGCUCUCACUAUGGCUACUCAAAUGGUGAGCCAAGCUGGAAGCAGCAGCUUAUUCUGUAACAGCAGCAGCUUUGGCAUUGGGGACAUGUAUGGCUUACAUGAUCUUUCUAAAGCAGAAGUAGCGGCUCCUCGAUUGAUCAUGCUAGCAAAUGUUGCUCUUACUGGCGAAGUUAAUAAUGGCUGCUGUGAUUAUGCUUUGGAAGAGGACAAGCAAAUGGCAGAACUGACCACUGUCUAUGAAAAUAGUUUUUCUGAUAGUGAAGGGGAAAGAAUGGAAGUGGAAGAAUCGGUCAUGGGGAGUGAGGCAGGCAUCUUUGAGAUAAUGGAAGUUGAACGUCCUCAAAUGCAAGAAGAGAACAUAUGUGACAAUCUGACCCCUACUCCUGAUGAUCCUGUGGUAACUGAACCAGAUAAAGAUGUGGAGACUCCUCCAGUGGCUGAUGAGAAAAACAAGAGCACCAAAAGCAAGCCUUUUCAGUGUAGACCGUGCCAAUAUAAGGCUGAAUCAGAGGAAGAGUUUGUUCAUCAUAUUAAGGACCACAGUGCAAAGAGAUUUAUUGAUCAUGACACACAGAAAAAUACAAAGGAAUCGGGAUCUUGCUCAUCAGAAGAGGUGGACACUUCAAAAGGACCUAUCAGAUGUGAUCGAUGUGGCUAUAACACUAAUCGAAUUGAUCACUAUUUGGCACACUUGAAGCACCACAACAAAGCAGCUGAAAAUGAAAGAGUUUACAAGUGCACCAUAUGUACAUACACCACUGUCAGCGAAUAUCACUGGAAGAAACAUCUCCGGAAUCACUUUCCAAGAAUUGUUUAUACAUGCUCACAAUGCUCCUAUUUUUCAGAUCGUAAGAAUAACUACAUUCAGCAUAUACGAACACAUACAGGAGAAAGACCUUACCAGUGUAUAAUGUGUCCAUAUUCCAGCUCCCAAAAAACCCAUUUGACCAGGCAUAUGCGGACUCACUCAGGUUAG